AUGGACGACCUGCGAGACUGGUAUGCCACUCUUAGCUCCCAGGUUCUCGAUCUGGUGAGUGACUACGCAGGACAAGAGCUGUUUUGUCUUGAGGGAGAUUCCGUCGUGCUCCAGUGUCUUGAUGAUCCCAAUCUUGACUUCAAGGCUGGGUUCCAGCUCCUCCAGGGCGUCUACAACGUUGAGCGACUACUCUCUAAGUUUUUGUCGACGAAAUGCAAUUUUCAUAUUGUCUUUUUUGACGAGAACCAAGGGAUUUCUACCCAAGCUGCCUCAAAUAUCAAUCGCUCCAAGUACCAGUUGGCGAGGGAGAUCAUCUAUCAGCAUCUUAUGGUGCAUAUUCAGGAUCAGUACCCUGAUCUUCAAGUUCACCGGUUUCCCUCUAUGAGAUCUCCUGAAUUCCACCAGUAUGUCCAAACGUAUAGUGUCUACUUCGUCAUGUGCCACAAUGGAGCACUGCAGAACAGACGUCGGCUCAUUGAUGAUACACUUCGUGUUAUCUGUAACAUGAUGACUCUUGGGCUGGAUGUGGCAAUCAUCAAUGAGAUCGAGUGGCGUGAUAGCAAGAUUUUGACAAGAGUCAUUCAAGCGAGCUCCUCCAAGCGCACGUUCAUUGAAUUAGAAGCGGAGCGCAAGACCCAUAUGCCACCACACCUAUCUAUAUGCACCCAAGUCCUGCGUUCUAUUGCAGAAGCAAACGGCCAUCAGGUCAGUUCGGCAAUGACAAGUAGGGAGGCUUUGACUGUGGCAGUCGCAUCAGUUCUCUUGGCCCAGAAUCAAAAUGAAGCAUCCAAACAGAUAAUAGCCAUCCUGCUAUUGCAUCUGGCUUGCCUCAAACGAUUAUCUCUGCAGCAACGAAGAACCGCAAGGCCCGAGAUACCAAAUGAGGGGCUGUACAACAAGUUCGUUACAAAGUUCAGCAGGGCAGCAACGACCAUGCUUCAAACGAACGAAUGGAAGGGUUUAAACAAAAACAAAUCCUGGGGAGAUCUGCAUGACCUGUUUAAUGGUAGGCUUUUUAGGUCCUGUGCUGCGUAUUACUCGGUGGAGAAAGUAGCACACCUGAGCAGCCUCAUCAGUGACGAUUGGCAUACUAUUUGGACCUGCUUAAAUCGUAUUGAAGAACUAGGCGGUCCGGAAGUAUUCUUCUCUCAGAACUUUCCGUACACGGCGACAUUGCAGCAUAAAGAGCGAGCCUUCGAUGACGAAUAUGGAGACGACCAAGACGAUGAGGAGGACGAGGAGGAUGAGGAAGAAGAAGGAGACGAAGAAGAUCAUGAUGACGAAACGGAUGGAGACGGGGCAACAAAUGAAGAGGAUGAAGACACAGAAAGCAAGUAUGCCUUGUUGCCGUUCGAGCACCCAACAUUUGAUCAACAUCUCGCCAGCGUACGCGUAGUCAUCGAGAACUCGCAGGAAGAAUGUCCCGAGCGAGGCUUCGAGGAUAAGACGCAUUGGCAUACUCGUCGUUUGCUCGAUUCCAAGCACAGGACAUUUCCUCAAAAGCCAACAACCAAAUGGAACAAUCCUGCGCGGCGGAACCAGCAAAGAUUCCGAGACUUCACCAAAUACGCAGCCAGCCUUACCAACGCCAAGGGCAACGUGCUCGAACAACAAGUAAUGGUGUCAUCAAAAGUCGCCAGAAAGCAACCGAAAGCUGCUAAAUUAUCGUCUAAAGCAAAGCAGUUGAUAGAGAAACAGGAGGUUGAAAGGGCCAAAAAAGAAGAGUCAUCAUGGAUAGAUUCAUGGCAACGUAAGCUCCUCGGAUUACAGAAGCUAGACCUUCAUCAUCAGGUGGACGACGUCAAAGUUUUCUUAGACCGACAGGAGACCCGGAAGCGAGCUUUCCUCGAGCCCGAGGUUCGCCUAUACCUAUUGACUCUUCUUGUGGCUCUGUGGCAGGAAGAGACCUCGCCUCAGGAAGAGGAUAAGCUUGUCACCUCAGCGAGGGAUGUGUGGGACCAAAUUCGAACCCUUCGGCACAAAAUCAACUUCAUGUCUCAUGAAAUGUAUUCGAUGUUUCAUGGCAUAUGCUGUAAGCUCAGCAUCCAUGAUACACCGUCGCCAUCGUCCUCUCUUCCGAGUCGGCAGUUGUGUUUUCAUUUCGAUAUCAGUUGCAUUAAACCACGUCAGCUGGGUGCGCCACUUGACUUUCAAGCCUUUCAACUGCUCCAUUGUGGGCCAUUUAUGGAUCGCCAGACUGGCGCAAAACCCGAUGACCGUGUGGGCUUCGAACCGGACAAAUGGCAGAAGGAUGUCCUCGAUGAGCUUGACAAGAACCAUAGUGUCUUCGUCGUAGCUCCAACCAGUGCGGGAAAGACUUUCAUCAGCUUCUAUGCUAUGUCGAAAGUGCUGCAGGAAGACGACACUGGAGUCCUGGUAUAUGUAGCUCCGACAAAGGCGCUGGUGAAUCAGAUCGGUGCAGAGAUCCAUGCACGUUUUCGGAAAAGGUACCCGGGCCCUGAGCAGACAGUUUGGGCUAUCUCUACUCGCGAUGUCCGCAUAAACGAUCCCUUGAAGUGUCAGAUCUUAGUGACCGUGCCUCACUUUCUCCAGAUUAUGCUUUUGUCCUCAUCGAACGCCAUCACAUGGGCUCCUAGAGUCAAAUGCAUCAUCUUUGAUGAGAUUCACUCGAUAGGUCAUACCGAGGAUGGCCUAGUUUGGGAGCAACUCUUAUUGCUUGCUCCGUGUCGUAUCAUCGCUCUUUCCGCAACCGUGGGAAAUCCAUCAGAGUUCGCUGAUUGGCUUCAAUCGACUCAGAAUAACAUGGGGGUGACUCUCAAACUGAUUCAGCAUACACAGCGCUACUCAGACCUUCGGAAGUAUUUCUAUAUGCCGGCAGAUCGUCCCUUCGAAGGCCUCUCCCGAUCGAAGCAUAAGGGCCGCCUUGAGCCCAAAUUUAUUCGGGGCUUGCACCCCCUUCACCCAAUCACAAGCCUUCUCAGCAAGCAGCGGCAAAUGCCGGAGGAUCUUUCUCUUGAGCCGAGAGACUGCUAUACACUUUGGAGAUGUAUGGUAAAGUACUCAUCAGUCGAUUUUCCUGUGCCUGAAUCUCUGAGUCCACAACUUGCCCUUCCACGGUUCAUUAGGCGGAGCGAUGUGUAUGAAUGGGAGGCGCAGCUUAAGGAACUUCUGUCGACAUGGAUGCAAGACAGUUACUCUCCCUUUGAAAUGGUGCAAAGCGACCUGGAGGCUAUCUUCGCACCUGCUCAAGGAUUGCAGGUUUCAGAAAGCAAUGAGGAGAAUCAGAGUGAUCUAGUGGUUCCCGAACGUCAAGGCAUGAAGAAUGAGCUAUGCACAUCUGUGUUCCCACUCCUCGUGGAUUUACAUUCCCAAAAUGCCCUACCUGCUCUGCUUUUCAACUAUGCACGGACGACAUGCGAAAAGAUAGCGAUCACGACUCUAGAGCAUCUACUCAAAGCUGAGGACAAGUACAAGAGCAGUGCACCAUGGAGGCAGAAGAUGGCGGACUACGAGAAAUACAGGAAACUUGCGUCCAAGAAAGCUCAAACCAAUGAGAAAAGCAAGAAAAAGAGCAAUCCUAAACAACCUCGGGAGGAAACUGAGAGCACCGCAAAGGAUGUGGAGGAAGAUAAUAGUCCAUUCAAGAGGUUUGACCCGGACAGGCCUCUAGAGCAGUUUUCGUUUGCCGAUACUCAUAAAUUCGACUGGACAGACCUUCUCGAGGAGAUAGAAAUGAUGAAAGGGCGCAAGGUUAAGCCUCUGUUACUCGAAGCUCUGAAGAGAGGAGUAGGCGUCCACCAUGCCGGAUUGAAUCGUCGUUACCGCCAGUGCGUCGAGAGGCUAUUCCGCGCAGGAUUCUUGCGUGUUGUUGUAGCCACUGGAACGCUGGCUUUGGGUAUCAACAUGCCGUGUUCGACCGUGGUCUUCUGUGGUGACAGCGUCUUCUUGACCGCGCUCAAUUUCCGUCAGGCUGCUGGUCGAGCAGGGCGCCGAGGAUUUGAUCUUCUCGGAAAUGUCAUCUUCCAUGGCAUUCCCCGUCACAAGGCAUAUCAAUUGAUGAGUUCACGGCUUCCGGAUCUGAACGGCCAUUUCCCUAUCACGACCAGUCUUGUGCUUCGACUCUUCAUCCUUCUUCAUAAUUCCAAGGAGUCGCCAUACGCAGCACGGGCAAUAAAUUCUUUGCUGUCUCAGCCACGCAUUAACUUCGGAAGUGUCGAGUCGAGGGACAAGGUACUCCAUCACCUCCGCUUUUCCAUUGAAUAUCUGCGACGCCAGGAUCUCAUCGGGAGACACGGAGAGCCAAUUCGCUUGGCUUCUAGCAUUGCGCAUCUGUACUACACUGAAAAUAGUGCCUUCGCAUUCCAUGCUCUUCUUCGUGCAGGCUACUUUGAGGAAUUGUGCAAGCAGCACCGGAAGAACACCGAGAAGAAGCUGAGGACGUUGAUGAUUGUGCUCGCCCAUCUAUUUGGAAGAAAGUCUCUCGGCUAUCGAUACAAGGAACUUCUGACCCGGAGACAAGAGUUGAAGUCUCCCUCGGUCGUGAUGCUGCCACCGCUACCACCGAAUGCCGUAUCGGCGAUUCGAGCCCAUAAUCAGAGCAUUCUCAAAACAUAUACAGCGUAUGUGGAGACAUUCGUCAAACAGCACCUGAAAGAACCCGAGCGUGAGUUGCCGCUUAGCAAAGUGCCAGUUGGGGGCAGUGGGCACCAACAACUCAGUCGCUUGCUGGGAGUACUGGAAGCGAAUCAAUCACGUUCAGCUUUUGUUGGGCUCUCGGGCCACGGCGAUCAUUUUAAGAGCAUGAAAGACCUCUGUAAUUCGGUCCGGUCGGGCGUGUUUCUCGAGGAGAGUGUCAUACCAUACCUUGAUGUUUAUCCGGAUGGGGGUAUGGCACCUUUGAAUGCUUAUCUGUAUGACUUCUUCUGUCACGGAUGUGUGGAACCUCUUGAGGUCGCCAAUUUCAUCUCUCGUUCUGACACGUGGUUUCUGCUGAAUGACUUCUCCCUGAUCCUGGCUACGAUCAUUGUUUCUCUGCAAGUUUAUCUUGAUCCCGACCUGAAGAGUUCAUGUUCAGAAAGUAUGUUCGCCAGCGAUGACUCUUCGUCAUCUCUUUCGGUCGAGGAUGAAGAGGAGGAAAUAUUCGAUGUUCAGUCUGUUGGUCAAAAGGUCGCGUCGAAGCGCACUGAUAAUCAAGUCUCUCGAAUGCGACAAUCACUUGGAACUACCCGGGCUACGACUGACGAGGAUGUGUUGGAGAAAUGGGACGAAUGUAUGAGCGACGACAGUGAUUUCUUCUCCGAAGACGAGGAUACCACAGAGAUUCAGGGUAUUCAGCCUAAGAACCGACCUUCGUUGGUGUCGUUGGAGGUGUUGAAUGCCUUCCGCGAGUUAAAGGAUCAGUUCGACGAGAAGUUCCAUGCUAUCUUUGCUUAA